GUCUCACCUUCCAAAACUGUCAACAAAACGAAGAACGUUUGCACAAGCAGGUUUUUGUUGUGUAUGUUUUUCCUGCUGGAAGCACACAGGAUGGCUUAGCAGCGCAGAAGAGGAGGAGUAGGAGGAAAAAGAGAAGCCGCCGAGCGGGGUGCAGGAAGAGAAAAAAACCGCUACGUCUGCAAAACGACGAAGAGCCAGUGGGAAAAAAGUGCAAGCGUCGUCAACCCGUGGGGCUGACUUGUGAGGACAACCUUUGAACCCCCCGCAUGCCGAACGCUUCCCGCCCGGUGUCACGAGACGCGGCGCACAAGGCUAUGGUCUGUCGGCUCAACUCGGCAAAGCGUCCUGACUGAAAGAGGAGAAAAAGUUCAACUCCUGGACCUAGACGCUUGUGGUUUAUUUUUUGGAGGCACAGGGGAUUCCAGCUGCCUUGUGCAAAACUGGUGAUGAAGUUUCAGUAGAGAAUCUCUUGGCUGUUAGGCAUCCCUUUAGACAGGUUAAAAAGAAUUUCAGUACCUGCCUUCUUAUAUAAUGUUGAAGGGAUUGUAAAUAAGAAGCUGACAAGUUCCUGUUUCCAACAUGUCUACUGUGAGGUUUGAUCCUGGGAACCAUUCCAAAGGAGUUAAUGGCGUCACCGGUGAAGAAGCAGAUGAAGCAAAUGUUCAUAUUGAUGAUGGAAAAUCACAGGAUGGUGAACCAGACACAAUAUAUGAGAAGAUCAGAAAGGCCAUUGCCCCAUUUGUAAUGUCCUUUGGUUUUCGGAUGUUUGGUAUAUUGCUCAUAUUUCUGGAUGUUGCUAUGGUAAUUGCUGACCUCAUAAAUCCAGUGAAUGGCAUUGAAGGAAUUUCAUUCACUAUAUCUUUCUUUUUCUUGAUUGAUGUGAUUCUUCGAAUUUAUGUUGAAGGAUUCUUGGUAUAUUUCAGUUCCAAGCUCAAUAUUUUAGAUGGCUUAAUUGUCACUGUCACAUUAGUUAUCACCAUGAUCUAUGUUUUUCCAGACUUCACAGGAGCAACGUCAAUUCCAAGGUUUGUAUCAUUCUUCAGGCCUUUGAGAAUUAUCAUCCUGAUCAGGAUUUUCCGUCUUGCCUCCCAAAAACGGCACCUUGAAAAGGCCACCAGACGAAUGGUCUCUGAAAACAAAAGACGUUACCAGAAAGAUGGCUUUGAUCUUGAUCUUACAUAUAUUACAGACCGUAUUAUUGCCAUGUCCUUUCCAUCUUCUGGGAAGCAGUCUUUUUAUCGAAAUCCUAUUGGGGAAGUUGCAAGAUUUCUGGAUACAAAGCAUAUAGAUCACUACAAAGUUUAUAACCUGUGCAGUGAGAAAGGAUAUGAUCCCAAGUAUUUUCAUUACAGAGUGGAAAGGUUCUUCAUUGAUGAUCACAAUGUUCCUGCACUUGAAGAUAUGCUGAAAUUCACAGCAAACAUUAGAGAAUGGAUGGCUGCAGAUCCUCAAAAUAUCAUAGCCAUCCAUUGCAAAGGGGGAAAAGGAAGAACAGGAACAAUGGUCUGCAUUUGGCUUAUUGACAAUGACCAGUUUGAAAGUGCAAAGGAAAGCUUGGACUAUUUUGGAGAGAGAAGAACAGAUACAAGCGUGAGUUCCAAAUUCCAAGGAGUUGAAACUCCCUCACAGAGCAGGUAUGUUGCAUAUUAUGAAAUAAUGAAAACAAAGUACAACAGACAGUUGCCUCCACAGAAGAAUAUGAAAAUAAAGAGCUUUAGGGUAUAUUCUAUUUUUGGUGUUGGAAGAAGCAAUGGCAGUGAUCUCAGACUAAAGAUAAUUGUGAAAAAACAAGUUAUGUUCACAUGUAUUUGUGCUACGCAGGAGAACUGUAAGCUGUUUUUUGAUGCUGGAGGUAAUGUGGCCGUAAUUACCUUACAGGAGAGCCCUGUGCUUUCUGGAGAUGUCAAAGUUGUGUUUGAGUCCAGUGCAGGGCUUCCAAAAGGGUAUGAAGACUGUCCAUUCUAUUUCUGGUUCAAUACUUCUUUUGUUGAAAAUAACAGGCUUUAUUUAUCCAGAGAAGAACUGGAUAAUCCUCACAAAGCUAAGACUGGGAAUGUUUUCAAGGAAGACUUUGCAGUUGAAUUAAUUUUUCUCGACCCCUAACUCAACUUGAUAUAUUAAUAUAAAAUAAUAUAUUAAUAGCCACAACAGCUGAAGAAGUUGUGCAGGCUCUUUUCUCAAUAAACAUCUCUUUGUGAACUGUUGAACAAGCACGGAUUCUGGUUUUGGAUCCUAAGCAGUAUGGUUUGGACUGGAACAACUUGAGCUGUACAUUUGCAGAGUUGCUUUCAAAUCAGCUGUCAAGGAGCACACAUUUGCUAUUGGAAGUCACCUUGACAGAGGAUUUUCUAAUAUUUUCAUACGCUCCAGGCCAAAUGAAACAGCUGAACGUGCUUCAACCAAGUCUGAUUAGCAGUAUGGCGGGUUUGGGCAGUUUCCAUACCUGAAGAUCAUUUUUUUUUUCUUAUCCAAAUUUUACCAGAAAGUUUGUUUAUUGGAAAAAUGCAGUGACUUUUUUUUGCCCAUGAUGGCUAAAGAAAUGAAACUAUUUGUAUGUUUUUCCUGUCAUUGUUCAAAACUGUCUAAUUUUGUAAGUCUGAGUUCAGCUUUUGAAAUUGUUUAAAAUCAUGUAGAAAUCUUUAGGAAAGAUAAAUCUGAUUUCUACCACUUUCUCAAUGUAGUUUAAGAAAUGUCAUUUCUUUAUUAAUAUAAAAUAUUUCUUGUACUUAUAUUUCUGGGUCAUCCUUAUGAAAAAUGUUAAAUAUUUCCUUAUCAAGUACACUGAGAAGAAACAAACUUUAGACCACAAUUACUAAGCACACUUAAUCUAGCUGUUUUAUAUAUCUAUAUCUAUUUCUUUACAUAUUGUACCCACUAGCCAGCACUCUUGGCUAUUGCCAAACCCAAAACAGGACCAGAGAGGCCAAAGAAGUAUGAAAAGGGAGAUCCUAUUACAAAAUAGACAUACUAGGGAAGGGAAACAAUAAGAACUCAACAAUAGCACAAAUGUAGGGGGGAAGAAACAAACCUGACAGUCCCUUAAUGGCCUACCCGUGCAGAUUCGUUCCCUGACUACCACGUGGGGUCAUUGAGAUGCCUUAACCCACUUUAAGCCACAGACACUCCUUUAGUGUGCAUCCUGUAUAUUUUUCACCAUCUCUGGCUUCUGGCGGCACGGUGGCGCAGUGGUAGCGAUGCUGCCUCGCAGUUAGGAGGCCCGGGUUUGCUUCCCGGGUCCUC